AUGUCUGCCCCGUCUAUACCAAAUCUCCUCUCCCUCCGAGGUUCAAGAGGAGGGCACCGUGGCCGUGGCCGAGGACGAGGGGGUCACUCACACUCUACCGGCCUCAGCCAUGAUACUACUAUUCAAGGUACAGAUACGGAUGCUGCUGUGUCACGUAUGAGCGCUGUUGAUUUGGGUUACCUACAAGACCCUUUCGCACGAUAUUUCGUUCAGUCUGUUGGUGGCGUUGUUAGGAGACUACCUAUUAUAAAUCGAGGGACUUACACACGGACUACUGCAUUGGAUCGACUGAUAUCUUCCUUCUUGUCGGGCACCACAACGCAAGAACGACAAAUUAUCUCACUCGGUGCGGGCACAGACACAAGGUGUUUUAAGCUCUUUUCUCAGCCUAGCCAGGCUAGCCUUAUCUAUCAUGAGAUCGACUUUCCUGCAAUUGCUUCUAAGAAGCUACAGCUCGUGAAUGCUACUCCUCAACUCAGGUCCAUCAUCCCUAACCCACAGAAUGAGAAGGACGGUUGGAGUAGUUCAAGUCUACCGAAUGGUUGUCAAUAUUGGUGCCACGGAUUGGAUCUGAGAGCCUUGCUCAACAGUGACACAGAAGCUCUCAGUGGCAUCCGAACAGAUAUCCCAACAUUGCUAGUGUCAGAAUGUUGUCUAUGCUACUUAGAAACUUCAGAGGCCCAAAGCGUAAUCAAGUAUUUCGCCGAAAAAAUACCAGAUCUUGCCAUCAUCGUCUAUGAGCCAAUUCACCCUAAUGAUUCUUUCGGCAAGCAGAUGGUAUCUAAUCUGGCAGCGCGACGGUUACAUAUGCCAACACUAGACUCAUAUCAAGACUCUGCUAAGCAACAGUCCCGAUUAAAAGAAGCCGGAUUCCGGCUCGCAACAAGCUUGACUAUAAGAGAAAUAUGGCGGAAAUGGGUCACGGAAGAAGAAAAAGAAAGGGUUGAUAGUCUAGAGGGGUUAGAUGAGGUUGAAGAAUGGAAUCUUCUAGCGGACCAUUACGUCGUGGCUUGGGGCUGGAGAGGCACUGGUUUUGAAAGGUGGGAAACUGACUUAUGA